GAUCCACAGCCGUAGCCAUGGCGACGCGGGUCGAGGUCAGCUCCAUCACUUCCCUGACAGGGGUGCCGGGCCUCGGCGAGAUCUCCAAGGAGGAGACCCUGAAACGGACCUAUUUCUGCCAGGCCGGGGACACCCCCGGGGUGCCCUCAGCGCUGCUCUUGGAAGGAAAAAGCCCCCUUAGGAGCCUGGCCCACUUACUCCCACUGCCCAGACUUGCCCCCAAGCCCUUCUGCAGGGAGAAGGCCCCGGACGUGAAACCCCUUGUCGCAUCCUUGGGGCCCGGCCCAACUAGCCUGUCCCCUCCCUGUGGGCGCUCCCAGGGCGUGGGGGCAAAGGACCUGAGCAAGAAGAUGCCCGGGCUGGUGGGACAGGAGGCAGGGAGCAGGGAGGGCCUGAGGAGAAGCUCGUCGGUGCUCAUCAAGGCCACCUUCCUGCGGCCCCGAUCCAACACCAUGAUUGUCUUUGAAACCACCAAAGCCGGCCCCACUCUGAGGAGGGGGAUCAGUGAGGGGGCUCGGGAGGCCACCGCGGGUGUGUCUCAGGAGCUGGAGGGAGGAUGGACCCCCAAGGGCAGCGUCAGGAAGUGCGUCAGCCUGUUUGGGGAGAAGAGCAUCUUGGCCUUGGCAGCAGAAUCCGAACCCCCACCAGCCACCCCUGAGCCCCCGUCAGCUGCCCCGGAGCUGGAGAAAGUGGGUGUGAGCGUCCAGGAGCGGAUCAAAGGCUGGGCUGCGGAGAGCUCAGAGGCAAAGCCAGAGAUCAGAAGGAAGACAUUCCAGGCACCGCCGUUGUCGGCAGAUCUGACCAAACUGUUUUCGAGUCCAGCGUCCAGUAAUGAAGUCAAGUAUGAGAAGUGUUCUGAGCUAAGUGGCGAGCUUCCCAAGGAACCCGGAGAGAAGAUGCCGCCACAGGACCUGGAGAAGGAGUUUGCCCUGCUGGACAAGGAGCAACCACUCUGGCAGGGGUCCCCCGCAGCCUUGGGCCCCCGGAGAAGCCACAGUUUCUGCAAGGACAAGAGGAGCGGGCCCUUUGUGGACCAGCUGAAGCAGUGUUUCUCCAGGCGGCCCCCCGAGGCCAAGGACACCGACACCCUUGUGCAGGAAGCCGACAGCCAGUAUGGGACAUGGACAGACCAGCGCCAGAGCGGGGAGAGUCUGGCCCCCGAGUCCCCGUCCCCGGACAGCAGUGCCCUGUCGGCCCGGAAGCAGCUCCCCAGCAGCCGCUUGUCCUCACUGUCCUCCCAAACGGAGGCCACCUCGGCCGGGGACCAGCACAGCUGCUCCAGGGACCAGAGGAGCACCAGCGUGGACCAGUCCAGCACCGAUUUGGAAUCCACUGAUGGGAUGGAGGGGCUGCCCCUGCCGGACCCCUGCCCUGCGAAGAGGGUGGACGACUUCUCCUUCAUUGAUCAAACCUCAGUCCUCGACUCAAGUGCCCUCAAGACCCGGGUGCAGCUGAGCAAGAGAAGCCGCCGCCGGGCUCCCAUCUCCCACUCCCUCCGGCGCAGCCGAGUCAGUGAGUCAGAGAGCAGGUCUCCUUUGGAGGAGGAGGCCAACAACGCGUGGAUGUUCAAGGACUCAACAGGUACGCCAUGCCCUCCCUUCUCCACGGAUGCCACACUGAACAGCAGGAUGGAUUUAGGUUAGACACUGAGAAGAACUUCCUGUCUUUGUAGCCUGUGGGAUAUCAGAAUGCAGUUAC